GGCAGACGCAUGCUAUCGAUAACGGUCUUGUUUAUUAAUGAAUUAAUUAAUUAGUCGAAGUUAACUAAAAAAAGACGAUAAGCAGCGCAAUCAGCACAGUCAGCGUGCCCAAGUGGAGUCCCCCAGCAAAAAGAGGCAACGCACGAGUGCAAGAGCAAGACGCAGUCGAAGGCCAGCCAACAAGGCGCAGCAACGCAACAAAGACGCAAGAGAAGAAGAAAAGCAUGAGCUGAGGCUGUCGUCGCCAGCAAGCAACGGGAUUCGGACAAUAAGAGCAGGACAGGAGUUGGGCAGGAGCAGGGCAGGAUCAGGAGCAGGAGCACCAAAGGAGCACCAACCAGCGGAGCACCCGAACCGCAGCAGCGGCACCACCACCACCACUAUGAGCACAGUGUUCAUAAACUCGCGAAAGAGCCCCAACGUGCUGAAAAAACAGGGCACCGACCAGUGGGUCAAGCUGAACGUGGGCGGCACCUACUUCCUCACCACCAAGACGACGCUCUCCCGUGACCCAAAUUCGUUCCUCUCCCGUCUGAUUCAGGAGGACUGCGACUUGAUAUCGGAUCGGGACGAGACAGGAGCCUACCUGAUCGACAGAGACCCCAAAUACUUUGCACCCGUGCUCAACUAUCUGCGCCACGGCAAGCUGGUGAUCGAUGGCGUCUCCGAGGAAGGCGUCUUGGAGGAGGCUGAGUUCUACAACGUGACACAGCUGAUAGCGCUGCUGAAGGAGUGCAUCCUGCACAGGGAUCAGCGACCGCAAGCGGACAAGAAGCGCGUUUAUCGCGUGCUGCAGUGCCGCGAGCAGGAACUAACCCAGAUGAUCUCAACGCUGUCGGACGGCUGGAGGUUCGAGCAGCUCAUCAGCACAUCAGCUCAACAGUACACGAACUACGGGCCCUUCGAAAACAAUGAGUUCCUGUGCGUGGUCUCCAAAGAGUGUGGCACGACGGCCGGGCGGGAGCUGGAGCUCAACGACCGGGCCAAGGUCCUGCAGCAGAAGGGAUCGCGAAUUCUUGGAAUUUAAUCGCGCUAUAUAUUCACAUACAACCCCUGAAAAUUGAAAAACCGAACUCCCCUUCAUCGACAAACUCAGCAAACUCAUUCCCAAUCAGUAACACAAUCAGCCACACCGACCCAACACAAAUUGGAUGCAGCCAAGGAAGCCCGAGCCACAGC